GCGGCAGGGAGGAGCACUGGAGGUAGCCGCGAUCGAGAUUGGAUGGGGAGCGCCCAUGUCGCCUAGUCGAGCGACACGGGGCGAUCCGAAAUUUCUGGGCAUUUGUUUUCAACCAAGGGCGAUCGUCGAUGUGUUUGCUGCAGUCAGGGAGCAUUGGAUUCUUGCAGAGCGAGAUGGCGGACUUAUUGGCAUUUGGCCAAAUUCCUGAUGGGGCUUGUAGGAGGCCCAAGGGGGCAGUUGAACACGCCCACCUCAAGAAAGACCCAGGUUUCCAUAGAAGUCGUGCAGGCAUGUGCAUUCGGAUAAAUGUUUCCAUUGUUUAAUCUGGUAACAAGAUUCUGGUUGCUUCCCGUGAGCAUGAGGCAAUGUGCAUCCGAAGGGAGCGAGUCAACGAUGCACAGAAAGGCACAAGCAUAGAUGGGUGCUGCUGCUACUGCCUUCUUCUACCUCCUGCUGUCCCUCUGGGUUCAGGAUGCAACUGCGGCCGAUCCUGGCUUCACAAGAAGUGAUUUUCCACGGGGAUUCGUCUUCGGAGCCGGAACCUCGGCAUAUCAAUAUGAAGGUGCUGUUGCUGAGGAUGGCAGGAGCCCAAGCAAUUGGGACACUUUCACUCACGCAGGCAAAAUAUCAGACAAAAGCACGGGAGAUGUUGCUGCAGAUGGGUACCACAAAUACAUGGAGGAUGUCAAGCUCAUGUCUGAGACAGGCCUAGAGGCCUAUAGGUUCUCCAUCUCCUGGUCAAGGCUCAUUCCAAAUGGUCGCGGAGCUGUCAAUCCAAAAGGGCUACAGUACUACAAUAACCUCAUUGAUGAGCUAGUGAAUCAUGGAAUUCAAGUCCACAUCACACUUUACCAUCUAGAUCUCCCUCAUAUUCUCGAAGAUGAGUAUGGUGGAUGGUUAAGCCCCAGAAUUGUCGAAGAUUUCACAGCAUAUGCAGAUGUUUGCUUCAGGGAGUUUGGAGAUAGGGUUGCAUCUUGGACGACAGUGAAUGAGCCAAACAUAGCUAUAUUGGCCUCUUAUGAUAUUGCUAUAUUCCCUCCUGGUCGUUGCUCGGAUCCAUUUGGAGCAACAAAGUGCAGCACUGGGGACUCCAGUGUGGAACCAUACAUAGCAGCUCAUAAUACCCUUAUGGCACAUGCAUCAGUUGUCAGAUUGUACAGACAAAAAUAUCAACCCAAGCAAAAAGGAAUCGUUGGCAUAAACAUCUACUCCUAUUGGAGUUAUCCACUGACAAAUACCACCGUGGAUCUAGAAGCAACUCAGAGAUGUAAAGAUUUUUUGUAUGGCUGGAUACUAGAGCCAUUGAUGUUUGGGGACUACCCACAAGUAAUGAAGAAGAAUGUCGGCUCUCGCCUUCCACCCUUCACAAAAGUUCAGUCUGAACUUAUCAAGGGUUCCAUAGAUUUUAUUGGAAUAAAUCACUACUUUUCUGUCUACGUGAAUGAUCGCCAUCUACAUACAGGUGUUCGAGACUACACCGCAGACAUGUCAAUUGAUUCAAGAGGUACUAGGACAGGCCCGCCAGCUGGUAAGGGUCACCCAAGAGACACUACUAGUGAUCCCAAAGGGUUGCAACUUGCACUGGAGUACCUAAAAGAAACCUACGGGAACCGUCCUAUCUAUGUCCAAGAGAAUGGUAUGGAAUCUGCCCACGACGGUCUAGAUGACACCGACAGGAUGGAUUACCUGAGCAGCUACAUGAAGAGCAUGCUAAAGGCGAUGAGGAAUGGAGCUAACGUGAGAGGCUACUUCGCCUGGGCGUUCAUGGACCUGUUCGAGCUCCUGGGGGGUUACCAGUCGAGGUACGGGCUGUACCGUGUUGACUUCGCCGACGAGAGGCUGCCGCGGCAAGCUAGGCUCUCAGCUCGCUGGUACUCCAGCUUCCUCAAGCACAAUGGAACCUCUGCGCUGGUGUUGAGAACGCCGGUGAACCAGGCGCUGAACUCGGUGUCCUGACUCCUGACUCCCGACUCCUGAGUCCAGUGCAACCACGCAUGCGAGCGCGUGAGGUUUCGAUCAGAAAGCGUGAUUCUUGGGUGACAUUAUUACUAGAAAGCAAUAGUCUUGUGACCACUAUUUUCUUAAUUAUUUUCCUUAGGAGAUGAUUUGAGAAAUGCCACAUUUGGUAAAAUAUGAGAAGGUUAUGGUAAGCUUGGUCUCUGUGACCAUGAGAGCGUUGUUUAUCAUCUCGAGAUGAUCAUGAAAGCCACUUGAAAUUAUAUUUGUAUGCUUUACUGUA